AUGAAAUUUUUGGCAAUUUUCACCGUUGCAGCUGUGAUUCAAGCUACUAUCGUCCCAGCCAACACCGACCUCAAGGCCAAGAGGGCCUUGUUAUCGGGCACUCAGACCAAAUCGUCGGUUGAAGCUAAUGCCAAGAGAGACGCCGAGGCUCACUCGCUUGAAGCUAGAUUCAAGAAUGGCGAGUUGAAAAAGAAGGAAUAUGUCGUUCCUCAAUUGGAUGUUAUGGUAUGA